AUGGCUACCACCAACGGACACUCUUCUACUGCCACCAACGGCCACAGCAGCGCCGCGCCCGACAUCAUUCUCUACACCAACCACGGUUGCCCCUGGGCGCAUCGGGCUCAUGUCGCCCUGAAGGAGCUCGGACUCCCCUACAAGGAGGAGAUCAUUGACCUGGACAGACCCCGUGAUCCCUGGUAUCUGAAGGUGAAUCCGCGUGGCCUCGUCCCCAGCAUCAACUACAACGGCAACAUCAUCACCGAGUCGGCCGUGGUCACGCAGUUCCUGGCCGAUGCCCACCCGUCGCCCCUGCUGCCGCCCGCCACCGGUGCCGUUGACGCCGCCCUCUACCGCGCCCGCGUGGCCUUCUUCGUCGACGCCUUCAUCUCCAAGGCCCUGCCACACAUCUUUGCCGGUCAGCGUGCCCAGUCCGAGACCGAGAAGGACGCCGCAGCGCAGGACCUGGUCGCCGCCCUUGUCAAGGAACUCGAGCCUCUUUUCACCUGGAGUGGUCAAGGGAGCGGUCCCUAUUUCGGAGGCAGUGAUAAGCUGACCCUCGCUGAGGUCCAAACGGCCCCGUUCCUUCUACGACUUCUCGCCUUCGUUAAGCCCGAGUACGGCAUACUGAGCCCGAAACUCGACGCCCUGCUGGCCGAGAAGGCCCCCAAGUUCACGGCGUGGGCGUCCAAGGUGGUGCAGGAGCCGAGCGUGACGUACAUUUGGAACGAGAAGGCCGUGGCCGAGAGGACCAAGGCCCGGUUCGCCAAGCUGGCGGCCGAGAAGAAGCUGUAG